AUGCUUCCCUCUUUAGCCCUAACGGCUAUUGCCCUCCUUCCAGCCGUCCAAGCAGCACCCUCAAACCACCGGCCAAUUCAACACCCCAGCGGCAUCUACAGACGCUGCGGUCCAGUCUCCAAAUACUACAACCAACAAACCUCUGAUUGGGACACCUACAAGACAGGCGACUGGCUCAACACCUGGUGGAACAACAAUGACGGUCUAAUAUCCAACAGUUCAGCCGGGUUCGCCGGCGCCUUUGGUCAAUGGGCAAUGGGCAACCCGGACUGGUCAUGCCGCGACGAUGGCUCGGACUCGGACUGUGAUUUGCAGCUUUGUGAUAACAGGGUCCUCAAUGACCGCGGUGACGAUAUCCGCUCGACAUACUAUGUCUUGGAGUCUGUCAAUCGUCUUCAUAAUUACUUUACUGGUAUUGGAGAGGCAUUUACUACUACUGCAUUGGGGGCGGCGUUGUCGAAGGAUUCUUGGGCUACGACUUUCUACAGGGACAAGGAUGAUAAGAGCGUUGGUGCCCUGAAGAACGUGUUGACUCUGGUCACUACCAUUGUCGGUGUCGGUGCUUCAUUUGCUGGGCUGGGUGGUGCUGCUGCUGACGCUAUUGCUGGUGCUGGCAAUGCCCUCACCAAUGGUGCAGUUGGGGCAGCGAAGAAUGCCAUGCCUGAUCACACGGAUGACACGUUCCAAAAGUCGGCCGACCUAGGCGGCAUCCUCGGCAGCAUAGUUAUCGACUCCCUGAAAUCUUUCACAACAGCCAACAACCAACUCAUGAGCGGCCAAUCCUACAGCGACGCCGACGUCCGCAGCUACCUAUCCGGCGGAGCCUUCCUCGCCUACCCAGGCGUGGACAAGAAUGCCGUCACAGAAGCCAUGACAAAUAUGCUAGUUGGCACCUCGAUAAACCAGCUCUACCGCACACAGAAGAUCUUCGUCAUGGGCGGUGGUGCCUGUGGCGAUAACCAGGGAAUUGGCUCUGGUCCCCAGGAAGCAACUGUAUGCCGUGAUGACAAAGCUUGGUAUCUGUAUUACUGGCAGGAGAACGACGUUGUUUCGACGACUUCGCAUCAAUGGGGAUGGGUUGCUUCGCCGCCUGGUGCGGAUCAACUGGGUCAGAAUGAGUAUGGGGGGGUUAAAGUGGAAGAUAUCAUCAACUCCUCUCUAGACGCCUACAACGUCGCCGGAUACAACUAUGACGCCGACACAGCCGCCAGCCGUGCCUCAGAUGCCAUCUCCGGGGCCUGGGCUAGUCCCGGUUCACAGGGUGCAUCUUGGGAGGGUAUCUUCACUGUUCCCGUGUGUGAUGUUGGCGCUGCUGUCGACUCCGACUACCAGGAUAAGGAAUAUAUCUUGCAGCCGUAUGGGCAUAACAGUCGGCCUGUUUGGUGUGGGUCUAUCUGCAGUGGUAAUGCUCAGAAGACGAAGGACUUUAUUAGUGCUGCCAAUAUGGGCGGGUUUAAGAGUCCUAAGCAUUUGUGCAGCGAGGACCCAGGGUACUAA